CUUUUCCAGUAACUAUCAAGAGAGAGAAGGCACAAACUAAUCUCUAUAUCCACUCUCACUCCUCGAUUUUGAAGGCGCAAGGAAGGAGACGAGAGAGAAAAAGCCAAACAUGACCUCAAUUCUUCCGACGGAACACCUCUCUCUCUCCCUCCUCCGUUCCACCGCCACCGCCUUCCACCACCAGCCUCCUUGCCUCCUCUUAUAUCGUCCCAGCCCUAGGCUUCCCGCCGUCUCCACCUCUUCCUCCCGAUGCUUCCACUCAUCCGACCGCUCCUCUGCACCUCGCAGAACCCUCACCGUCGCCGCCGGAAGCACCUUGACUGCCAACACCGUACCGCCUAAAAGUGGAGUAUACACAGUGGGUGAUUUUAUGACCCGAAGAGAGGACUUACAUGUGGUGAAGCCUACAACAACUGUAGAUGAAGCUUUGGACGCUCUUGUUGAAAACAGAAUAACUGGUUUUCCUGUGAUUGAUGAUGACUGGAAGUUGGUUGGCCUUGUUUCAGACUAUGACUUGUUAGCACUAGAUUCCAUAUCAGGUGGUGGACAAACUGAUACAAGCUUGUUCCCAGAAGUCGACAGCACUUGGAAAACCUUCAACGAGGUACAGAAGCUGCUCAGUAAAACCAAUGGGAAAGUGGUUGGUGAUCUUAUGACACCAGCUCCAAUGGUCGUUCGUGAAUCCACCAAUCUUGAAGACGUUGCUAGAUUAUUGCUUAAAACAAAAUAUCGUCGACUUCCUGUUGUAGAUGGCGAUGGUAAGCUGGUCGGGAUAAUUACAAGAGGAAAUGUUGUUAGAGCAGCCCUUGUCAUAAAACGCGCUAGUGGAAAUGAAGCAUAACAUCCAGAACUAGCUUCAUGUUCAGAUAUAUUGGGGCAUUCUGACUCGGCAAGCAGGAUUCAUGCUUAUUAUACACACUUUUCCAAAAGAUUUAGUUGCUCUCUUCAUGAUUAGGUAUGGCACUUCCUUUCCUCUAGUUUGAGAAGAUCAAGGAACGAGCUAUCAUUAACAUUAAUAGCUGCAGCAGUAACUCACUGCUUUUCCCAUUUAUAUUUCUAAAAGAUCGAUCGAUCUCCACUGUUUUAUGUGUAAAAAGUUUUGGUUAUGUGAAAAACAUCAGAGUUUCUUGGCAUAAUUAAUUACAUGGAUUCUAUUAGCUAAAAUAAUAGGCUUUUUUGUGGAUUA